AGGCAGCAUCCCAAACGCCAGACGUGUGUGUUUUCUACUACAGCAACGGCACUAUUUCUCUCUCCCUAUCCCUCCCUCUCUCUCUAGCACUCGCUCGCAUGCUCUCUGAUGAGUGAGGGCAGUAUUGUCAGCCUCUCUGCUGCGCUCCCCGCGUGCGGACCCUCAUAAACGGAGUUAAGGAACAGUUUGAAAUACGGCAAAGAAGAGGAAAAAUGCAAGAUUGCAGACAAAAGGAAUGUUUAAAAGAGUUCAAAGGCUGAAUUCAGUGCUGUGGAUCUCCAUGAGUAACCAGACAGAGCUCCCUGCUUCUCCUUCAUGCCUCUUUCAGUUCUUUGAUGCCCACCUUACACCCUCUCUCUUCCCACCUGACCAUUACAGCUCCUCUAUCUUCUUCCCUUAAAUGAUGUGGUCCGCUGUCCGUGCUCUGCUGCUGGUGCUGCUGGGUACCAGGGUCCUGCUCUCCAGCGGAGACUCUCCACGCAAAGAAAUUAAGAUAGAUGGGGACCUGGUUCUGGGAGGCCUCUUCCCCAUCCAUGAGAAGGGCAUGGGCAUGGAUGAAUGUGGCCGGAUCAAUGAAGACCGAGGCAUCCAGCGGCUUGAGGCAAUGCUCUUCGCCAUAGAUCAGAUCAACCAGGACGUAGGUCUGCUACCAGGUGUGGCUUUGGGCGUCCAUAUCCUGGACACCUGCUCAAGGGACACCUACGCUCUGGAACAGGCGCUGGAGUUUGUCAGGGCUUCGCUUACAAAAGUGGAUGAUACGGAGUUCAUCUGUCCUGAUGGAUCCUACGCUCUUCAGGAAGACAGUCCGCUGGCCAUAGCCGGUGUCAUCGGGGGAUCUUUUAGCAGUGUCUCCAUACAGGUUGCCAACCUGCUGCGACUAUUUCAGAUCCCUCAGAUCAGCUAUGCCAGUACCAGUGCCAAACUCAGUGACAAAUCCCGCUACGAUUACUUCGCACGCACCGUCCCGCCAGAUUUCUACCAGGCCAAGGCCAUGGCGGAGAUCCUGCGUGCCUUUAACUGGACCUACGUUUCCACCGUCGCCUCAGAGGGUGACUAUGGAGAAACGGGAAUCGAAGCCUUCGAGCAACAAGCCCGUUUAAGAAACAUCUGCAUCGCUACUUCGGAAAAAGUAGGACGGUCGAGUGCAAAACGCUCCUCGUACGAGGCGGUGGUUCGUCAGCUUCUACAAAAGCCCACGGCCCACGUGGCAGUGUUGUUUUUGCGUAGCGACGACGCACGAGAACUCAUCGCAGCUGCCACCCGCCUCAACGCAUCUUUCCUCUGGGUGGCGAGCGAUGGAUGGGGGGCGCAAGAGAGCAUCGUAAAAGGUAACGAAUUCACGGCAGACGGUGCGAUAACGUUGGAGCUCGCAGCUCAUCCUAUACCAGAGUUCAACCGCUACUUCCAGAGCCUCACUCCUCUUAAUAAUCACCGCAACCCUUGGUUCAAAGACUUCUGGGAACAAAAGUUUCAGUGUUCGUUGGGCGGCGCUUCAGCAGCAGGGGCGGGAACCCCAAAGCCACCUUGUGACCCAGAACUGGCUAUCGACAAGUCAAAUUUUGAGCCCGAAUCAAAGAUCAUGUUUGUCGUUAACGCUGUUUACGCCAUGGCGCACGCCUUGCAUCGAAUGCAACGGACUCUUUGCGCCAACACCACGCGCUUGUGUGAUGCCAUGCGGAGUCUCGACGGCAGGAAACUCUACCGGGACUUUUUACUUCAUGUCAACUUUAGAGCUCCGUUCUCCCCUGCCGGCUCGGAGAAUCAAGUAAAGUUUGACGCGUAUGGUGACGGAAUUGGCCGAUACAACAUCUUCAACUACCAGCGUGUGCCAGGCAGCGACAAGUUCACUUAUAUCCAGGUUGGAGAGUGGGCAGAGAGUCUCUCCCUAAAUGAGGGCUUAAUCGGCUGGCCGAGGGGAGCGGAUGUACCCACGUCUCAGUGCAGUGACCCUUGCGCUCCCAAUGAGAUGAAGAAGAUGCAAGCAGGCGAAUACUGUUGCUGGAUUUGUACUCCUUGUGAGCCCUAUGAAUACCUGCCAGAUGAGUUCACAUGCAUGCCCUGUGCACCCGGCCAAUGGCCCCGUCCCGACCUGACAGGAUGCUACGACCUUCCUGAGGACUACAUCAUGUGGGAGGAUGCUUGGGCCAUUGGACCCAUCUCGAUUGCAUGUGUUGGCUUCAUAUGCACCUUAAUGGUCUUCGUCGUUUUCAUUCGGCACAACGAUACGCCGCUGGUUAAAGCGUCCGGUCGUGAGCUGUGCUACAUCCUGCUGCUGGGCGUCUUCAUGUCCUAUGUCAUGACUUUCAUAUUCAUCGCAAAACCUUCGCCUAUCGUGUGCACGCUGCGGCGGUUAGGCCUCGGUACCUCGUUCGCGGUAUGCUACUCCGCCUUGCUCACGAAGACCAAUCGCAUCGCUCGCAUCUUCAGCGGUGUAAAAGAGGGCGGGGCUCAGAGGCCACGCUUCAUCAGUCCCAGCUCACAGGUGUUCAUCUGUCUGUUGCUGAUCUCCGUGCAGCUCUUGUUGGUGUCUGUCUGGCUACUCGUGGAAGUGCCUGGCACGCGGCGGUUCACAACGCCGGAGAAACGUCAGACUGUCAUUUUGAAGUGUAACGUACGGGACUCUAGCAUGCUGCUGUCGCUGAGCUACGACGUGGUUCUGGUGGUCCUCUGCACGGUCUACGCCUUCAAGACCCGCAAGUGUCCGGAGAACUUCAAUGAGGCCAAGUUCAUUGGCUUCACCAUGUACACCACCUGUAUCAUCUGGCUGGCCUUCUUGCCCAUCUUCUACGUCACUUCCAGUGACUACAGGGUCCAAACCACAACCAUGUGUAUAUCUGUCAGUCUGAGUGGAUUUGUGGUGCUGGGCUGCAUGUUUGCCCCCAAAGUCCACAUCAUCAUGUUCCAGCCUCAGAAGAACGUCACCAGUCACCGGUUAAACAUGAAUCGGUUCAGUGUGAGCGGGCCGGCCACUAGCUACGCAUCCCACGCAUCUGUUAGCGCCCACUACGUUCCAACGGUGUGCAAUGGCAGAGAGAUCGUCGACUCCACCACUUCCUCUCUGUGACCUCGCCUCUUCCUCCAGACUCCUGCUCCUUAGCGACUGUUAGCCAAUCAGCACACAUUGUGCUCUGCCCAAGAACUAGGUCUGCCUACAGUGUGUAGAAAGUGUGUAUGAUUAUAAUGAUUAUUAAAUUAUUUUUAGGGCUUGUUGUAAAUAUUAACUGACGUUGUAGAGAAACAAAAGAACAAAAAAAUCCUUUAUAGAGAGAUUUUGGAAACUUUUGUUUUGAUAGCUUUAUUAUGUAUGUUGUAAACGGCCAUGAUGUGAUAAUGUAAAACUCAAACCAGUUUUUGAUUGGGCCACAGUAGAGACUGACAGAAACAGCUCCGCCUGCAAUACUGGACACUGGAAUUUGUGGUCGUUUUCUUUUGUAGGCCUCAUUGUAAUAACCUAAACUGUAUGUAUUUCUAUGUUGUACAUUUUGUACAGAAUCUUAACCGAUGGUUUUAACAGCACAAGUUGACAGUAUUAGAGUCUACGCUGGUCAUGAGGUCCAGAGCGGGAAAACCAUCGAGUGAGGGCUCGCACCUCAAGCUUCACGUCGUCUCAUCACAGGCAGUGGCUGUACGCCAGAGGUUACAACACCAUUUUAGUACACUGUCAUGACAUCUGAAAGCAUAUUACAUUAACUGCAUCUCAUAAGCGUUGCGUUUUAGAUUGGCUGUGAUGCAUGUUUAUGUUGCAGCACAUAUAUGCAGUGCUCUGAGAUGUUAUAUAUAUGUUUACAUUUAUAAAGUUGAUAUAUACCCCUUUUCCACCAUAAUGGUACCGUCCCACACUUGUCGACUGGAUAAACGGUGAAAAAAAAAUCACGUCCACACCUGCCACUUAAACCUGUUUGUGACGAAGCAAGAAACAGUAUUGUCAGAGGGCAAACAAUAGGAUAAUGUCCUCACCAAAUACAUUUUUUAGAACAUAAAUUGGAAUUGUAAAUAAUUGAAAGUAAGGAGAAAAACUGAAACUGCAAAUAUUUACAUGAUCUUUUGCUCACCAAGGCUGCAUUUAAUCAAAAAUACAUUCACAUUGUGAAACAUUAUUACAAUUUAAAAUAACUGUUUUCUAUAUCAAUAGAUUUUAAAAUGUGAUUUAUUUCUUAAAUGGCAUAGCUGAAUUUUCAGCAUUAUUAUUCCAGUCUUUAGUGUAACAUGAUCCUUCAGAAAUCAUUCUAAUGUGCUGAUUAGCUGCUUAAGGAACACUUCUUAUCUUCAGUUUUAAGAAAUAUUUGUGCUGCUUAAUAUUUCUGUCUACCCCAACACUGGCACCGGCACCAUUUCAGUGGAAAACUGGUGAUAAUCGGUUGCGUUUCUGAUGUGUGAAAUGCUUUGUGAUGCAGUGAAUGUGAAAUGUAUUCUGUUGUUCGAUAUCGGCUUGUUGUGCCUUAUCAUUUGUCCUAUAGUUUUAAUACGAGAGGUUCCUCAGAGCCUUUGGGCGGGAGGGGACCAGGCCAUUUUUUACAGACGUCUUUUUUUACAUUUCAGAGGUUUUAUACAUUUCUAUGUUUUUCUGUUGGUUCGUUUGGAAGAGAGUGGGACGCUCGGGUUCUUUGAAAAGCUGAAGAUUGAGGAGAGCUAAAAUGUUAAAAGUUUGCUUGUUUUUAGCUUGCGGUCAUCGCACGGCCCCAAGGGAUUCUGUACAAUAUCACGCUACCUAAUGUAAGUGUCAAACUGUAUCAUGUUAUUGUAGGACCAUCCAUUCGUCAAAAAGAGACAUAGUAAACAAACAUGUAACAGUAACCUAGAAAUGCUAAAGCUCUCAGCAUUCAUAAUUCAUCAGCAUGGCAGCAAAGGAAAUCAUUUGUGUGUCAGUUAACAGUACCAGGAUGUGAACAUACACAGCAGGAACGAGAAAAUCGGAUGACAGAGGAACAUAACCAAUCAGUGACAGAUUAAGUCUUCCAAUGGAGACGGACUUGCUCACAGAAACACAAGAGAUGUAGUCCAACUACACAAAUAUGUACAAUCAAUGUGUACAAUCAAUAACUAUACACUUCCUCACUUUUUUCCCUUUUCGCCCACUAAUUAGUGAUUACUAUGGUGAGCAAUAGGAUUAUGAAUUCCAACAAACCCCUAACCUUAAGUAAAUGUCAUUAGGUAGCCUAACUCAAAACUCAGAACACCCUGCAUAGCAACAUUUAAAAAACAAUCUGAACAUUUGCAGCACCUGAACAGUAACUUGCUGAAAACCACUUAAAACAUCUGAACAAUUGCAUAGCAACACCCUGGAAACUGCCCAGAACGCCUUAAAAACAUGCAAACAAAAACAUAGGAACACCUUAGGAACUGCAUAACUGCACCCUGGCAACCAUUCAAAACACCAUAGUAACUGUACCAUGGUAAAUAAACCACUCAGAGCACUUUAGCAACUGCAUAAAAUGCUCUGGAAACCACCCACAACAUGUUAGCACCUGCAUAGUGACAUACUACACUAAUAACACCUUUGCAACUGCAUAGCAAUGCCAGUAACAUACUAAAAACCACCCACAACCUCUUAGCAACAGCACAGUAACAUUCUGAAAAACAUAGAGAGCAUCUUCACAACUGCAUGGCAACUCCAUGGAAACUAACCACACCCUAGCAACAGCACAGUAACAUUCCAAAAAUCACCCAGAAUAUCUUCACAACUGCAUAGCAACAACCUGGAAACCACCCAGAACAUCUUAGCAACACCACAGUAACAUUCUAAAAACCACCCAGCACAUCUUCACAACUAAAUAGCAACAUCCUGUAAUCCACCAACAACAUCUUAGCAACAGCACAGUUACAUUCCAAAAAUCAUCCAAAACAACUUCACAACUGCAUAGCAACACCAUGGAAACCAAACACAUCCUAGCAACAGCACAGUAACAUUCUAAAAGCCACCGAGAACAUCUUCACAACUGCAUAGCAACCCCUUGGAAACCAACCACAUCCUAGCAACAGCACAGUAACAUUCCAAAAAUCACCCAGAACAUCUUCACAACUGCAUAGCAACACUUUGGAAACCAACCACAUCCUAGCAACAGCACAGUAACAUUCUAAAAGCCACCCAGAACAUCUUCACAACUGCAUAGCAACACCCUGGAAACCAGUACUGUGGCGGUCACUUUUACACAAAUAAAUAAAAAUUUUGCUCUUUGUAUUAAAGAACUACAAAAACAUAUGAGGCAAUAUGAGGAGAGCAGAUACAGUCCACAUUUGAAACAAAGAAAGUCAGUAAGUCAACGUGUGUAGAGAGAUAAACAGCGUGGUUUAUGUAAUGUAUUUCACUGCCCCAUAAACUCCAGCCCCAUACUCAGCAACUCAAUGCUUUUGUGGUGAGGCUUACAGUACAACACCCUCCCAAAAUCUGCACACAUCCUCUUUCUGCACGUUAAGUUGCUAGGGGUCCGCGUUCCAGCCUUAGCCUCUUUAAGAAUGUUUUUGAGAGAAGAAAAAGUCAAAUGUGGCGGUUUCGUCUGAGUGGCUUAGAAACGUUUUAGGAGGGAGCCGAGACUGCAGUCUGCGCAGAAACACAAAUGGAGAGUGAGCCUCCCUCACCCACUGCAGCGAUUUCAUUUCAGAGUGGGGAUCGAGGGUCUUACUGCAAAAGCAGCCGGCUGUGUCUAAACGCGUCACUGCAUGGGAAAGUUUAAGGCAAACUUUCAGAGUUCUGUUCAUGUUUGACAUAAGUCUUCACACCACGGCAGAAUACAGAUGACAGCCCUGUUUGGAGUGAUAAAUACGGUUAGGUUCAUAAACUGUUUUGAAAGAAAGUGACAACCGUCCGUAUCCUAUAACCAAAGUGACUACUUGAUACUUACAGGUGUCACAUCUGAAUUCAACAUCGAGUUCGGUUGAUGUGUGAGCAGAACUAAAUAGUGGAGUGUGUACUAUGUAGGCAGAGUGCAAGAUAUUAGUAUCAAAGUUCACCCAAAAAAGAAAAUUUGCAGAUUUUACUGAUUUUAAAAUGAUUUCUCAGGCUAUACAAGGUGCUUGUUCAUAGGAACAGAUUUAGAGAAAUGUAGCAUUUCAUCACUGGGUCCCCAAUGGAUCCUCUGUAGUGAAUGGGUGCCGUCAGAAUGAAAGUCCACACCACUCCAGUUCAUCAGUUAACAUUUUGUUUAUCGAAAAGUUACACUUUGUAAGAAAAAAAAAACAAUCAUUGUGGUGUUUUUAACUACUUCUUGCCAAAAUAUCGGUCCAUAAUAAAGGACACUAGGGGAUGGAAAAAAAAUUUUACUGGAAAGGGCAUUAUUUUGAAUUAUAGACAUGAUGGAUUUUUUCUUAGAAACAUAUAGCCUUUUGCUUUAAGACAUUAAUUGAUGGACUGGAAUCUUGUGGAUUACUUGUGGAUUAUUGUGAUGUUUUUAUCAGCUGUUUGGACUCUUGUUCUGACGGCACCCAUUCACUGCAGAGGAUCCAUUGCUGAGCAAGUGAUGUAAUGCUACAUCUGUUCUAAUGAAGAAACAAACUCAUAUACAUCUUGAAUGGCCUGGGAGUGAGUAGAUUUUCACUAUUUCUAUUAUUUCUAAGUGUCUGGGUAGACAAGGUAAUUGAGAAAAACAAUUAGGAGGAGUCUUAGAAGGAGUCUUAGGGACUUAGAAGGAGUCACCAAAAAGGUUUAGAUUAAUCAAACUAAAUCAAAACAAUACAAAAUCUUGAUAUGUACUGUGGUUAUAUCCAUCACUUAUAGUUACAGGCAUGACUCAAGACCAGGCCUGUACAGAAUCUGCAGACUUUUCCCCACAUUUUUCUGGAAAGAAAAAUCUGCAAAAAUCGGUUAAACACAAUUGAGAUUAUCAACUUACUUGCCAAAAUACUUAAUAAAUAUAACUUAGGUAGGUUCCAAUAUUGUGAAAAUCAAUUAAACUGAUUAUGUGUGGGCCUGCAAGCAUAAAAAAAGAUGGAUUAAUUUUGUUUUCUGUUGUAUGUACAGGACAAUUUAGAGUCACAUCUGUUAGUAAAUACAGUACAGUUGUCAAACCCAAAUACUGAAUGUGUGACUGGACACUCUUUCUCUGUUUGUUUUUCUGAAAUGGCAUGUUCGUUGGAUGUAUCAAGAACAAUUUGGGAUGAUUUUGAAUUUGUAUGUAAGGCUUAAAUAGACUAAAAACCCUCCUUCAGAUCUGUAAAGGAGUUACAAAUGUGUUGGGUGUAAACUUCAGGAAGGCACUGAACUUUUCGGUUUGACCACAAAGCAAUAGAACAGUACCCUGGUGCAGUGUGCAAUAAAAAAGGACAUUACGGCAUCAUAAUAAACAAACUAAAUGAUGAA